CUCGGUCACUUUACAGCAAGACAAAUUAACGGUCUGAGGAAACCCCUGGCUCCACUCGUGUUUACUAUCCGUGUAACUUCUCCAGUGCACUCGUUCAGAGCUGAAAGCCAGUGGACCAUGAUGGACUACAUGACGGACAAGUUCCCGCUGAAGUGUGAAGCGGGGAAAGGGACAGACUUUUACUUGGAGCCGCUCAUGGAGCCUUUAGAGAGCAUGCAGUACUACAGCAAGAGCUCCAGUAAGAGCGGGCAGCAUUACACACUGCAGAACCCUGAGCACCACAGCAUCCUGGAUAGAUCUUCUCCCUGUGACAACCAAACCUCAGCCGCAGCUCCUCAUUACUGCAGCGCGAAGGCGGAGGACGGCGGUGGACAUGCGGAUCUCACCGGGCCGCUGGAGGAGCGCUGCAGUGUGAGGACAUCACCGGGGACUACAGCUCGGGACAAAAGCGACUUGGACGACAUUGGCGAAAAGUGUGACAGCAACGUGUCCAGCAGCAAAAAGAGACGCCACCGGACCACGUUCACGAGCGGCCAGCUUGAGGAGUUAGAAAAAGUCUUCCAGAAAACGCAUUAUCCAGAUGUGUAUGUGAGGGAACAACUGGCCAUGCGUACCGAGCUCACCGAGGCCAGAGUGCAGGUGUGGUUUCAGAACAGAAGGGCGAAAUGGAGAAAGAGGGAACGCUAUGGACAGAUCCAGCAGGCCAAAAGUCACUUCGCAGCAACGUAUGACAUUUCAGUGCUGCCCAGGACAGACAGCUACUCACAGAUACCCAAUAAUUUGUGGCCAGCUCCAACCCCCGGUGGCUCAGUGGUUUCCUCCUGUAUGCUUCCACGUGGUUCUCCACCGUGUGUACCAUCUCCGUACCCCCACUCACCACGGGCCCCUGAACACAAUUACAUUAGCUUCCCCAACCAUCAGCAGAAUCAGUUUGGCGUCAAUCCCGUCUCGCUCAACAACUUCUUUACUGAUUCGCUUUUGACUCCUGCACCAAAUAGCCAUGCAGCCUUCGAGAGUAAACCUGAGUUUGAGAGGCGGUCAUCCAGUAUCGCUGUCCUCAGAAUGAAAGCCAAAGAACACGCAGCUAACAUCUCAUGGGCCAUGUGAUCCCUGUACUCAGGCUCUUAUUCUUAACAGUAUUAAAUAAUUAAGGUAUUCAUAAAGACACAAAUAAGGACAUUUUUUUUACUAAGAAGGACUCGUUGCUCUUUGAACUAAUUAUUGACUUGAAAAGGAGCUUCAAUUUGAGAAAGCAUCACUUUUUGGUCUUACUUUGAACAACUUGGCAAUACAAAACAUUACUUGAUUUGCAUAUUAUGCCUAAAUGAAUGUCUUAUGAAUGUCCAAAAACUUUUGUAUUAGUGUGCCUUAUUAAUGUAUAAUGCACUUAUGGUGGUGUAAAAACAGUAACACAGGGAGCUUUAUGAGCUUUACUACAUUCUGUACUCAGGACUAAGAUUGGACGUGCUGUCCUUUGGCAUGCUUAUCUCACAAACCAGUGUGUGCCUAUAAGCUACACAUAAAUGUUGCUGAGUGUUGAUCUGCCACAACCAGAGGAGCACUUUGCACUCUGUAGGGUUUGUAUUUUAAUAAAUUUAUUUGGAGAUUUCACAUUUAUUGUGAUUAAUAUACUGUAUCAUGACCAGUUUCUGAAAAGAAUCCAAUUUUCUAUUUUUACCUUAGAUUUUGAAAAUAUAAAUCUUUAACUCACAUUCAAGCCAAUGGUGAUAUAAUAAACAAAAAUCUAAACUGACAUAAAAACUAUUUCAGUGUUAAGUUUUUUCACCAGCUCCAUCCUCCAUUGGGGCAGUACGGUGUCUAUCUUGGGAACACUGGGAGUGAAUUGGAAAAAUGUAAUGCACACAUAUACACAUAUUGUCUACAGGGACAGGGACCCAAACUCAGGGCAAAACCUGGAGCUGUAAGGUGCUACAACCUUAUUGUUUCCUAUUCAAUAAAAUUUCAGUAUAUUAGGACAUAUCUACACUUAACUCUGACUGGAAUGGUAUGCUGUUUUUCUAAUAUAAAU